GGAAAAUACAAUGAUGCGAACGGCAUACUCCUUUGAUGUUCUUAGUCACAGUAUUGUCUUUCCGAAUCUGAAUUAUCCCUUUUCAUGCGGCCUGUCAAAUGUGGGAGUUGUAGCUGAAAGUCAAGAGGCACUGGCGAUGGCAACAAUUUAAUCGAAACGAAAGAUAGUCCCCUAAAGCAAGAGGAGCUUGAUAGCAGGAAGAGGCUGUUGUAAAUUUCUCUGCUUACCUCUCGCUCUUUCGCUCCCUUGUCUCUAUUGGACAAAAUGUUGUUCGAUCUUUUCGGCUAAUGCUAUCAUGCCGCUGUGUGGCAGCUCAAUUUUGAGACUAAAGACUUCAAACAGUGUAUACGAUUCAGCUUUCAACUUCUGCCCCAUGACAAGGUUGAAGACGACAAUUAGGUUUACUUCCAUGCCAAUCUUCCAGCUGUUCCGCUCCCAUGAAGACUUCAUUCGUUCUUUAUUGUGCUGUAGCGCUUUCAGGCUCCAUACAGGCUGUUUUGCAUCGGUUUCCAAUCCAUGAACACUACGUUCCAACUCCCAGUUUCGCACAACGCUUCAAGCGCGAACAAGUUCCCUUCUCGUAUCAAGAUUUCAAUGAUGACACUCACAAGAUUCCCUUCAAGGACGUCGCCAUAGUCCUCUACGGCAUUGAUGCCACUCUCGGAACCCCACCACAGCCUUUCCUGAUGUCAAUCGACAUUGACUGGGACGUCUUAUUCGUCCCUUCAAUAGCAUGCGCCAGCCAGUUCUGCAAUUCGAGGAAAUUGUCCAGAUUCGAUUCAUCAAUCUCAUCCUCAUUCGUCCAAGGCCAACAACAGCUCACCAUAGAAUAUGCAAGCAUGAUGUCCCACGGGGCGAUAUCUAAUGAGACAUUAUCUUUUGGUGGACUUCAAGUUGAGCGACAACCAUUUCUUGAAGCAACAGACAUCUGGGCUGACGGCUACUUCCAUUGGUAUCGCGGAUACAGCGGGGUGAUUGGGUUUCAACCAAGAUUCGAUACGGAAGCCGUAGUACCUUUCUCUUCGCCAUGGCAGACUAUUGUGGAGAGCGGCACACUAGACAGGAACAUCUUUUCUAUUAGACUUCCAAACGGCCCCCACGACUUUUUACAGCCUCGAACGAAUGGCGAGCUCGUUAUAGGUGGUGUGGAUACCCAAUAUAGUGACCACAACUUCACCAUUUUACCUUUGACACCCACCACACCCGACUCUUGGAGCGUAGAAGCACGUUCGGUAAUAUGGGGAGAUGGCACUUCCCUCAGACAAGAUUUCGACCAUUGCGUUGCAACCUUCUCCAUAUCGAUUCCAGCUAUUCGUCUGCCUGGAGCUUGGUCCCAUAGGCUCUACGAGCUAAUCGGCGCUCGUGAGCAUGAUGGCUUCUUCAUGACGUUUCCCUGCCAGAAUCGAGAAUUCCUACCGAAUUUGACCAUUGUUCUUGGUGGCAAUGAAAUGAUCCUUACUCCAUACGAAUACAGCCUCGAAUCUGUGGGUCAGCCGGGCAGUGGCUUGUCCUGCAUGGUGGGGUUUGACCAGUCACCGGACAAUACUAUACAAUUGGGAUGGCCCUUUCUAGAGAAUUUUAUCUCGGUAUUUGAUCAAGAUCUAAGAGAAGUCAGAAUAGCCAAGUCAAAUCAAAAGUGACGAUUCACUUGGACGAUCCCUUUUCUGUUACCUUGUGCUCGGAGUCUUUUCUUCAAAAGAUCCCUAUCUAUGCUUGCUCUAUACUGGCGCUUACUAAGACGUAAGGGAGAAAGUAAAGUGACCGCUUCUAUAAGAUAAGUAUGAUGUCUCAAAGGGAGUUUAGCGAAGGCUUUCGAGAAGCUCGACUGGGCGUAGCAUUCUCACCAUUUCAAGAUCUAUUUCGAGAGCACAUGAGUUUGGCUCUUG